CGGUUUCACAAGGGCUUCGGCAGUCGCGCAUGUAGAAUGUGCAGUGUAGUUUGUUGGUGUCUGGUUCACGGUGUCAAUUAAUAUAUUCAAUCGAAUGGAAUAUCAUGUUGGGCAAACAUUUGAUAGUAACAGUAAUCAUUACGGCAAAGAAUAUGCAUUCAGAGUGGAAAGUUUCUCGAGUAAACAUUGUUAAGAAAAUGUUGCAUAAAUUUCUUAUGAUGACUGACCGUAUCGUGCCAGAUAUAAGGCAAUUGAAUAAAUUGUGAGCAAGGCAAAUGAAAAAAUCGCGUGGACGACGCAUAUGCGGUUCUCGAUUAAAACAAAGAGAGUUAUUACGCAUUACUUGCCGUGCGGCAUAGUAAUAGACAAAAAAAUCAAUGAUUGACAACGAAAUGCGUGUGAUUGACACGAUCGACCAAAGCUACUGGAAUGGAAAAUUCGUGCCACCUCCCCCGAGACCACCAUUUCUAGAGGAUUCCAUCGCACCUGAUGGUCUAACCACGUGCGAUCUAUGCUCCUGGGCGUGGCAGGACAGGGGAACUUUGUCGCUCGAUGGAGCCAUAAAAGAGAUAUUUUCAUCCUCCGACUCGAAAGAAUUCAACUGGACAUUUACACUAAUUGUGGUUUCACUUACAUCCGCGUUUUUCGGUGCCGUAAUAAUGAUAGUUUUUCUAAGAUGUAAAAGUUUAAUUUGGAAUUUCAGAAUGCGUACCAACCAAAAUGGGCGGCGAACGUUAUGCUUCGACUCAAGUAGUACAAAGGAUACUAGCGGCUUAAACUUUGAAAACCAAGUGUCGAAAAAUUCAACGAACGGUUCGUGUAGUCCACGUAGCACAAAUUCGGGCCUCUGGACGUGGUUCAGCAGCCGAAAAAAUCUUUCCACACCGGAUCAACUGGUAAACUCACACACGCUACCGGUGGAAAAUCAUUACACACAUAUGGAUGAUAACAACUACAAUCCAGUGCAGAUCGAUGAAGCUUCUUAUGCUGAGGUGGGAAAUGAAGUGGGACCAUCGGAAACCGGGUCUUUCAAGUCAGGGUCCGUGAAACAAGGAGCAGACAGCGACAUUCUGAUCAUGAACUGCCCACUACCAGCAAUUCCAACAUCCCUGCACAGUGCAACAGGAGGAGCGAGUGGGUCGGGUAGCGCGUAUUACUCUGGGCUAUUGAAUAAUGUCAACAUAGCGGGUGAAGAAGAUGAAGACGAACGCCCAUAUGAAAUAGUGGACCUGAAGGAAAUUUCUUCACCUCAUAAAAACCCGAACGUUCAAAGCUAUUUCCUGAACGAAACAAAUAACUUGCUAACCAUCGAAAAGCAAUCGGAUGCCAUGCCGGAAGGCACCAUUUCAGCUUCGGAUUACGUUUGAUUGCAUGAGUAAGACAAGCUUUGAAGGAAAAGCAGUGUAAUGAAAUAUUUUCCCCGUGUGAUCUUUUUU